AUGCUGGGCAUCGCAGGCCUGGCCAGCGUCAUCCUGCUGAGCGGUGCCAGCCCUGCACAUGCCGUGAACAAGAACCAGCUCCUCUACCUGGAGGCAUGGAAGGCCGUGGAUCGUGCCUACGUUGACAAGACAUUCAAUGGCCAGAACUGGUACAAGAUUAGGGAGUCGCUCCUGCAGUCAGAGUCUUUUGGUGACAGGGAGCAGGCGUAUGCCGCCAUCCGGAAGCUGCUGGGCACCCUGGGGGACCCCUUCACGCGCCACCUCGGCCCUGACCAGUAUGAAGCACUCAAACGGGCCUCCAGCGGCCAGCUGUCCGGCAUCGGGGUGGAGGUGGGGCUCCGCAGCGAUCCGGGGUCGGCCACCGGCCGCGCCGAGGUGCUCAGCGUCGUGCCUGGCGGCCCCGCCGACCGGGCCGGCGUGGCAGCGGGGGACACCAUCAUGAGCAUCGAUGGCAGGGAGACGGGGGGCCUGUCCCUUUACUCCAUCGGUGCCCUGCUGCAGGGCGAGACGGGGAGCGGCGUGGAGGCGGAGGUCCAGACCUCGCGUGGGCGUCGCGUGCUGAGCCUGCAGCGGGAGAGGCUGGUGGUCACCCCGGUCCAAUACCAGGCGUGCGGCGGCGAGCGGGGCGUCGCCUACCUCCGCAUCGCCGCCUUCAACCAGCAGACCGGCAAGCAGAGCGGUGAAGCGCUCACCAAGCUGGCGGCCGGCUCCCCUUCCCUGCUGGUGAUGGACCUGAGGAACAACGGCGGGGGGGUCUUUGCGCAGGGCGUGGCGGUGGCGCAGCAGCUCCUGGCCGAGGGCACCGAGGUCGUCCUGAUCGCCGACAGCGAAGGCGUGCGCGAGCGGUAUGAGGCGGAGGGCGGCGCGAUGCUGGACGAGAAGGUUCCACUCAUCGUCCUGGUCAACUCGCGGACGGCCAGCGCCGCCGAGGUUCUGGCCGGCGCGGUCCAGGACUCGGGGCGGGGCAGGCUGGCCGGGGCGCGCACCUUUGGAAAGGGCGUUGUGCAGACGCUGACGCCGCUGUCCGACGGCUCCGCCCUGGCGGUCACCGUGGCGCGGUACCAGACGCCGGCGGGGCGAGACAUCAACCGCGUGGGCAUCGCGCCGGAUGUAGAAGCCGACCUGGACGGCGUGCCGGACAACGCCGCGGGCUUCUGCGCCCUGGCGCGGGCCGGGAAGCUGCCGGGGGCGCUGCUCGACGGCAUGUCCCGCGGGGGUGGUGCAACACCGGCCCUCGCCCAGCUGCCCCGCUGA